AUGAGUUUCGAGUCCUUUCAAGGGACAAUAGAGACCCUGAUGCCAACCAAAGAGCUCGUGGGCGCCUUUCUAGUCUUGAAUCUCUGCGCCUGGGUCGUCGUAGUCGUCUCCCGGAAAUGGAUAUCGUCGACCACCGCCACCAGACCCUCCACCCCCGAUCUAGAGAAGCCAGCAGCCCGGUUGGGUUCCGGAGGCAAAGUAUCACGGAAGCCUGGGGAAUGGACACCGUCCGAUUUCAGGAGGCCCACUGCAUCUCCAUACCCGGACUGGGACGUUCAUGUCUCGAAGCCAAUCCCCUAUCGGCCGUUUCGAUAUGGCCCGAAGUAUUUCGUGACCAUGGGACUACGGAGUAUGAAAUGGGACGAGUGGAUCGAGCUUGACAAUCACUACCUCAAAUACCACGCCGAUAAAGCUCAGCGUAUAGACGAACGCGCCGAGAAAUGCAUCGGGACUGCCCCAGAAGCAAUGGACGGCGCCAUUGAACUCCUCGAAGAACUAUGCGAGUAUCUCCCCGAGCGCUACCCGAGUAUGUUCCAAAAGACCCCAACAGGCAUCACCAACCUCGCCACAAAUGAAACUUUUGACAUCACCCAACGCCCCCUCCCUGAGGACCCCAUGGCCACCGCAGCGCGCCUCAUCCAAGAUGAUCUCGCGCUGAUGUUCGAGCGCCCCGACGGAGAAUAUUACCUCCUCGCUGGGGCGAUCCUCCUCGCCGGCUUCUGGCGCCUCAGCGACAAGUUCGGGAUGCCGCUGUCCGAGAUCCACACGUCGGGCGACGUGCCACAGUUUCGCGAGAAGCUAGAGCGCGGCAUGAUGAACUUCUUCCGGCGGCUGAAGCCGGAGGAGCCCGUGCUGCGGAACAACUACUUCAUCCAGGUGGAUGACAGCCUCGCGUGGUCGCACAGUAUCGGGCCUGAAGACGCGGCGACAGUGUCGUGGAACACGGCCGCGAAGAAUAAGGCGAUCGAGCACCACUUCUUCCGAUCGGAGCGGCAGUCGCUGCGGCGACUACCGCGGUCCGGGGCGGUGGUGUUUACGAUCCGAACGUAUUUUGAGCCGAUCACGGAGAUUGUUAAGGAACCGUAUGUACCGGGGCGGCUAGCGUCUGCAAUUCGGAGUUGGGGAGAUGAUGUGUCGCGGUAUAAGGGGAAGGAAAAGUAUGAAGAGGUGCUUUUGGAGUAUCUAGAUCAGAAGCAUAGGGAGCAGGUAGCGGCGGGCUUGGAGAUUGAUAAGGAGGAUGAAGUGCGUAAAUAUCCUUUGUAG